AUGCAUACAUACUACCACCCCACACACACACCCUUAUCAAAUCGAUCUCGUUCAACAAGAAGUCGAAGUUUAGUACAUAGUAGUGAUAGUGAUACAGCAUUACGUGUUUCAUUCGAUAUGCCAAGUUACGAUCUAGAUGAUAGUGACAAUGAAAGUCAUGAUGAUGAUAAUCUUGGUGCAGAACGUAUUCACUUAUUAAUUUAUGUACGUACAGCUCGUGUUCGUAUUGACCAAUUACGUUUGAAUAUGCUUAAUAACGAUCGAGAAUCUCCGUCACAUUCAUCAUUUGGUCGAACAAAUAAAAGACAUUUACAUGUUAUGCUUGAACUUGAUCGUAUUCGUCUUAUUGAACAAAAACAACCAUUUUCAAGUGAAGGAUUUAUGGCAAAUGAAUCAACAUCGGAAUUAAACGAUGGAUUUGUUGUACAAAUAUAUAUUUCAAUUAGUGAAGCACGAAAUAUUUUACAAAUCUCAACUAAUAAUAAUUUAGUACGAAAUUCAUAUUUUGUUUGUCGUGCAUUUUGGAAUGAAGAACUCAUAACAUCAAUUGUUUGUUGGGGUAGUUCAUCACCAAAAUUUAAUUUCGAACAGAAAAUCCCCAUAUUGCUUACAAAAUCAACAUUAGAAAAAAUGCAUAAUAAUAUUAUUGUAAUUGAAGUAUGGGAUAAAAAGAUUUCUGGUCCAGUUGAUAAAAUCAUUGGUAUUGUUAAAAUAUCAUUAGAACAAUUUUAUACAUCAUUUAAAGAUAAGGGUGGUCGAAGUGAUCUCGAUACCUCGAAUGAUCAUGCACUUCGUACAAUAACAAAUAAUAUUUUCUCAGUCAUACUUCAUAUUGAACAAGCAGCACAUUUACCAAAUGUUUAUUCUAAACAAGAGUAA